GGGCUUUUUUGUCAAAUCGAAUACUGGUCGUUUCGGUUUCUCCUCCUCGUUGGGGCGUGAGUGAUGAAUAUGAUGUCUGAGACAACUCGAAGCUUUUGCAAAGCCACCAGUCCCUCCAAUACCACUUCCAUUAUUGAAGCUACCCAUUCCCAAGUUCGUGUCUUUAUGAGGAGAAAUAAGAGACCCAGAAAUAUGGCCCUCAAACUUGAACAAAGCGAUCAUCAGGAUCUCAAGGUUCCGGUUACACACAAGUUUGGCCUACCAGAGAUUGAAGAAUUUGCGUAUUGUGGAGCAAAGGAAUUGACUCAGUGUGGGAAGUCUGAAAUGGGAUCAGAUGCGAUUCCAGUGGCAAGUGAAGUUGCUUCAACAAGAUCUAGUGGUGAGUCACCUGCCCAAUGGGAAAAGGUGCUUGAGGGGAUUCGCAAAAUGAGGUGUUCUGCAGAUGCACCAGUAGAUACUAUGGGAUGCGAGAAAGCUGGGGAAACACUACCUCCUAAGGAACGAAGAUUUGCUGUCCUGGUAUCUUCUCUUUUAUCAAGCCAAACAAAGGAUCCUGUUACUCAUGGAGCAAUCCAACGUCUUCUUCAAAAUGAUCUGCUUACUGCUGAUGCAAUCAAUGAUGCUGAUGAAGAAACCAUCAAAAAGCUGAUUUAUCCUGUUGGGUUUUAUACUAGAAAAGCCUCUAACUUGAAAAAAAUUGCAAAUAUCUGUCUCAUGAAGUAUGAUGGAGACAUACCUAGCUCAAUUGAGCAACUACUGUUACUUCCUGGCAUCGGUCCUAAGAUGGCUCAUUUGGUUAUGAAUGUUGGAUGGAACAAUGUUCAAGGAAUAUGUGUAGAUACUCAUGUCCACCGCAUUUGCAACCGCCUUGGGUGGGUCUCAAGACUGGGCACAAAACAGAAAACUUCGACACCCGAAGAGACGAGGGAGGAAUUGCAACGGUGGCUUCCAAAGGAAGAAUGGGUUCCAAUAAAUCCUCUAUUGGUAGGAUUUGGACAAACAAUUUGUACACCUCUAAGACCUCGUUGUGGAGAAUGCAGCAUAAGUGAGUUAUGCCCCUCAGCCUUCAAGGAGACCUCAAACUCAAGCCCAUCUUCUUCCAAGUCCAAAAAGUCUGGACUAAACAAGAGGGUUUGACAUGGACAAGGACAACCCCCAAAAGAACAUGACCCUUUAACCAUUCUUUUGGAUUUUGGUUCCUUAUUUUCUGUCACAGGUUUAAUUUGAACGAACGAGUUGUCAUGCCCUGUUUUCACAUGUACAUACAUAUUUCUAAGUACUGCUGUGACCAACAUUACUACUCUUAGGCUUACAUUACAUCAGCCCCACAUCUAGAGAGAUGUAUAUUUUUUGUAAAAAUACUUGUAUUCACCGUUGGAUGAUCUGAAACCUGGGGUUUUUAUAAGCCUUGAUUUUUAUAUUUUUUCCAUCUUUA